UUUUCCCAAACUGCUUUGCAAAGAACACUAGAUGUUUAUGGAUUUGUUUCCCCGAUUUUGCCUGUCAGGUUCAAACCUUGCUGCCAUGGCGCCCCUCCUCUUGAAGCACCUGGCUUCCUCCCUGACUCGAGGAGUGGUCCAGAUGAGCCGUUUUAAUCUGACCUUCUCUUCACCAGCAGCUAGUGCUUACAGAUGUCUCUGCACCCUCACCACAGCUCCCCACACACUGCUUUUGUCAUCACCCAGAAGCGAGUCCAUCCAGCCCCCCUUUUCUGGCGUCUCUGCUCAGCGUGGACCAUCUCUGUUGGGACAAUGUCAGCAUCUUCCCUGCGUCCAGCCCUCUGCAGGGAUGAAAACCAAGUCUGCCCUGAAGAAGCGCUGCAAAGACUGCUUCUUCGUUAGACGGAGGGGACGCUUGUUUGUGUUCUGCAAGACAAAUCCGAGACACAAGCAGAGACAGGGCUAAAAUGUUGAAGAGGUAUUGAGAUUGCUAUAAGAGCUUGGACUUUUUGAAAGAACUGUGCUGCAAAAAUAAAUUGUUUUCCUGAA